CAAAAUUUUUAAAGUCAAUGAAUGACAGAUAAGAGAUUACAACAAUUCUCGAACUUACGGUGCAAAAAUAUAAUAAAUAAACGAUAUUACAAAUGUCAAAAUGUUUAGGUAUUCGUUAUCGUGGUAUAUUUUUGCAUUCACAUUAUUGGAAUCAAUAAUUAACACACAUUUAACAGUUCAUGACAGCAAUCAUGGUUUUAUCACAAACAAUCAGAGGUAUUUCGACAGCGAUCUUGGCGUUAUCCAAGAGGAAAUUACAUCCGGAUUGAGGUCAUCAAGAAUCAAUGACGCAAAUCUUAAAUUACAACUCAAGUUUGAACCUGAAUUUCUUGAUUUUAAAUACAGACCUUUGGGAGUUCCUCAUUUAGAAAAAGUUACUUUGUUUAAUAUUGACAACAACAAAAGUAUUGAUAUGACCUCUAUUUCGGGAAGUACAGUACAUUUUCACAGUUCUUUUUUUGAGGAUAAGAAAAUUCCUCCUCUUGGUAACACUUCCUUCAAUGUUGUUUUCUUGGGUCGUGAGGAAGGUUAUGUUGAAAGCAAUUUAUUUAUUCACACCACCGAGGGUCACUUUAAAUAUAACGUCAAAGGUUCAAGCAUUUACAGCCCCUACCGACUCCGCCCCAUUGUGGGCAUAAAACUGCCAAUAAACGCCUCAUUUUCUCCUUUAAUCUACAUGCACAACCCCCACACUCAGCCCAUUCAAAUAGUGGAAGUGUACAGCAGUGGCGGGGACUUCCACCUCGAGCUCCCCACCGGCGAGCUCGAGGGCCCCAAAGACAUGUGGGAAAUCCCGCCGCUGCAAACCAAAGCCGUAAUUCGCGUCCGAUUUCAAGCGAAAUCUGAACAAAACCACACAGCCUAUGUGCGCAUCAAAAUCAACAGUACGGAAGAAAUACUUGUUGUGCCAUUAGAAGUUCAAGUCUCAGCAGAUGGGGGCAUUUUUGAGCCCCAAGGAAGCAUAGAUUUCGGAAUCGGGGGCAACCUAGAUUCACCCAAAACCGUCGACUUGUGCGUCUUUAACCCCUUAAAAAAGGCCGUGAAAAUACACAGCGUUGCCGCUUCUUCCAAUUCGGUGAAAGUUGAUUUCGAAAAUACGAAAGUUAUGCCCACGAAGAACGGUUGUGUUAAAGUUGGCACUCUCACUCUGGAUUGGAAAAGUGCAUUCAAGUCGGAGGAAUUUUUCGGGAAAAUUACAGUGAAAUACAAGAAUGGCAAAAGUAAAACGGAAAUUCCGUACUACUUGACCGUUCUUGAGGGGGGCAUUACGUACGACCCGCUCGUUACGCGAUAUUUUAUCAAUGACAAGUCGGAAGGUUUGGCUUCACGGAGUUUCAAAGUGAAGAAUAAUUUUCAGUCGCCGGUCAGAAUAAUCAACUUUACAUUAAACGAAGAUGCACAGAAAUAUUUUAAAAUUGAAAAUUUUAAACCAAUUUUACUCAAACCUCAACACGAGUCAACAAUUUUCACCGUCAAACUAAAAAAUGGGAUUCAAAUCACCGAUUUGAAGGUCAAUUCAAAUAUAAUUAUCAAAACGAACGUUUCGGAACUGUUCGUGCCUCUUUUGAGCUACAACGGGAAGCUUCAAGUGUUUUUACCUUUCAAAAGUAAAGAUUAUUCGCUCGACCUCGGCUUAAUUAGCUUCGAUGCCACCAAAGAGAUAUUUUUCCUCAUCCUCAACACAAACCCGGUCACUGUAACAAUAAAAAACGUCAAAACCUCCAUACCCAUGACCAGUGCAGUUCUGCUGGGUUGUGCCAAAGGUGACCACAAUUCGGCUUUACUCCAAGUGACGUUUCAAAAUUUAACGAAAUGCAAUUCGUUAAAAACAACCGAAUAUGCGGUGAUACGUCUAACGGUCCAAACUUUUAAUGCCGAAGGCCAAAUCUGGGGGGACGUCCAGAUUGAAACCCAGUAUGAGAAUCUUUCGGUCCCGGUGCACUUCAAGGUGGCCCCCGGAAAGCUCGAAAUAGGGCCCGAUAGGCUAGUCUUUGACCAGUGUUUUCCGGGUAAAAUAUGCUCGCACCCGUUACGGGUCCACUCGACUUUCAAUGACCCAAUGAUAAUCGAGGAGAUAAUAAGUCUGCCACCGGACAAACGCCUGAGUAGCAAACAUUCGGGGCACAUUUUGGCCCGCGCGACUAAAGUCAUUGGGCAUUUGUACCUGGAUCCGACCCUGGGCUGCGGUAACGAGUGUUACACGGGGCUGCAGCACGAUACGACAGCACAAUGGCUGAAAACGCUAAGUCUUUCGAAAUCGAUCUCUGAUUUCGAUUUAAAUCUAGUCAAUGUUUUUUAUAAUAGGUAUUUAAAUUUCACCGCCAAUGGCUCGAAACGUUGGCAGAAUUUGACACUGAGACUUGACACUUCCGAAGUGAGGGGUCACAUUUUCAAAACGCGGGUCAAGAUGAGUUGGCCUAGUCUCAUAGUUGAGCAAAACUUGGAAAAUAAGUCGGUUUUUACGUUCCCUUUGACCCAAAUCGGGAAUAUUUCCUAUCGGAACAUCACGAUAAGAAAUCCGGCGAGUUAUAGUCUCGUAGUCCAGUUGGUCAUGGACAAGGCCUACCCCGAUAUUCGGUCACUAACCGAAGGCCUGCCCUCGAAUUUUAUCCCAAACGGGUUCAAUGAAAACAAAGCUAAACACGGGUUUUUCUUUCAUGAAAGUCUAAAAUCGCGUCAUUACGACCUGAGCGAUAGUUUAAAUCUGAAAAUUCACGAAGAAUCAAUUCCGGUUGUGCUAAAUCCGGGCGAGAAUUUUACGUUCACGGUCGGUUUCAAGAGCGAAGAUACUGAACCCAAUUCGGCGCUAAUCUUUAUUCGGAACAAUUUGACUAUUCUGGAGGUUGUCAAGUUGCGCGGACAGGGGGCGCACCCUCUGUUCAAAUUCGGUAACCGCAAGCCCGGUUCGGUUCAACCGCUUUCGUUCGAACUAACCGAAAAGCAUCUCAAAGAUUGCGAAAAAGAGAAACAGUACAGGAAUCCUUCGCCGAAUUUGAGCGUAAAAAGGUCGUUCACUGCGCGGAAUAUCGGCGAUGUGACCAUUUACAUAAAUGCGUUUUUUAUUAACGAUUUGCCGUGUGAAGGUUACGGUUUUAAGAUACUUAACUGUGUGCCGUUUGUGUUGCAUCCGAACGGUACGAAAAAAAUCGACAUUGCUUUUACCCCCGAUUUGACACUUUCGAAAGUCACCCGGAUUCUGGUGUUAGACACGAGUCUGAAUUUUCCCGUUAAUUAUACCUUGCACACGACUAUACCGCCGUACUAUUUGGGGCUUUGUUCGAGUCUGAUAAUGAGGCCGAGCUGGGAGAGUUAUUUGAGUUUUGUUGCGAUCGGUUUUAUGUUUUUGUUGUUUGUUUUUAUCGUUCUGUUGGCAAUCAUGGACGCGGAGAGGAUUAAAAAACAAACGAUUAGCGCCCUAAUGACGCCGAAUAAUUUAACGGCACAGCCGGUCCUGGACUUGAGGCUUGUCGGCCAACAAACGCGGGCCGAAAUUCGGUCCAAUAAAACCGAAGAUAAGAAAAUUGACGAACAAAAGAACGUCGAUAAGAAUGAGGGGAAAGCAAAGGACGGUGAAAAAUACACGGUACUUGUCCCCACAACCGGGAAAAGUAAGAAAAAACUGACGAAAAAGUGCAGUAACGAGUUAGAAAAGAGUGAUAACGACGCACAAAAGAAGCCAAACGAAGUACAAAUUAAAAGAAAGUUUGUAGAGGUGAAAAACGAGGAGAAAAAGUCGAGCGUCAGUGUUACAAAAGCUGAGAAAAAGCCGCUUCAAGUGUGUAAAAAAGUUACCAAAAAUACUAUUGUACCUGCUUACGAAGAAGAAACUUCGUCCACCACGACUGACUCUAGCAGCAAUAACGAAGAAAACGACAAAGAAACAGACCAAAGAAACUCGAAAGUUUGCUCAAAGGCCAAGUCCAAGCCAGAAACGCCCCCCGUUGUUGAAGACAAACCCCACCAGAAAAUCGAGCGCAAAAAAUCGGGCCCUAAACCGGCCCUGAAGAAAGAAACCGACAAGCCCGAAACAAAAUUCAAGUCACACAAACCGAAAAAAGACCGCCAACAUUUAAGCAAAAAACUAUCGGGAGACAAAAAUUUUAAAAUGGAGAAACGCGAAAGCCCCCCUGUGCGAGUAAGCCCCCCGAUUACGUCACCAGUGUGGGGCGAAAACCGGGCCACUUUCAGCGACGUGGUGGCGCGGGACAGUGUGGCCAACACGCGACCGCUGUCACAAAUCCCGACCAACAAACCGACAAUGUACGUGGAGCCCUACAAGCAGACUUCGGCCGAAUUGGGGCCGAUUGGCUCGCGCCGGAUUGAUUUCUGGCAGGAUGAGACACUUGAAGAUUCGAAUAGUUAUUUUUCGAAUUCGUACGAGGCUAAUCCGAAUUUGUUCGAUGAUUUCGUUGGCGGUGAAAAUUGGGCGCAGAGUCCCAUGAUGGGGCUGUUUGAUGGGACGGAGAAUGAGCGAGGGGUAACGGAUCCGUGGAAUUUGGGGACUAGUGUCUGGGAUUCGUUUUAUUCGCCUUUGGGGGAGAAUCUGGGAGUGGGGCAACAACAACAACAGCAGCAGCAGCAACAGUCGGGGUAUUUGUGGGGCUCGUCUCCCGUGUGGCAACCGUGGGCCCCCACGGAGCCGAAGACGCCCACGAGGACGCCUCCGGGGUUCGACGCGUUUACGCAAAGGAAGAACGAGGAGAUGGCGCCGCAGCAGAGGGAGACUUACAACCCGUUUGGAACAAGUAAUAUCUGGACACAGCAGCAAAACCCGUGGAACUACCAAGGACAAUGAGUGGAUCACGUGUCUAGGGUUCAGUUUUGUUUUUCGUCGGCCAUUUGCACUUAACGUGGUUUUCUCCAUUUUCUGUUGUGAGACUGUGCGUAAUUGGAUAAUACUCAUUUGUUGUAGGAACCCUAGUACAAAAUUUCAACUUUUGUCGUGUUCAAAACUGUAAUUUAUUUAUUGUUCUGCAGGUCUUCAGAGUAAAAUUUUGAGUUUCUUAAAAAAUAAAUGUUACAAUUGA